CUUCAAAAAAAACUACCAGAAAUUGAAGGUUUGAAAGCUGGGCUUAGAUGGAGAGAGAAAAGGGAAAAAGAUGCAAGCUUCCUGAAGAGAAUACAUCAACAUCGUACCAACCAGCAAUACAUAAAGUCAAUCAGAAGACCGCUAAACAAUGGAACACAGGUUAAUAUAAACAUUGAAAUAAAUGUAGAAGAAACACACACCUCAGAUCCAGUUGCCAUGCGUGAAAUUGUGAGACAAUAUUACCAACAACUGUAUACACUAGAUCAAGUUGAAGAAAAGAAAAUAGAUGACUAUCUUAAAACUAUACAACUUGAUAAAAAGGUA